AUGGACAGUGGCAUGCAGCAAUGUCAAUUCUACUGCGGUCCACGAGCACUGACGCUCUUUGUCCUCUUGCACAUCUGCCUGUCGCUACCGAACGAAUCUUUGGCGGGAUACAACGAGAAGCGACUCCUUCACAAAUUGCUUGACCAUUACAACGUACUGGAACGGCCGGUUGCCAACGAGUCGGACCCUUUGCAACUCAGUUUCGGUUUAACUUUAAUGCAAAUCAUCGAUGUGGACGAAAAAAACCAGCUGCUCGUCACCAACAUUUGGCUAAAGUUGGAAUGGAAUGACAUGAACUUGCGAUGGAAUGCAUCCGAGUUUGGCGGCGUCAAGGACCUCCGCAUACCUCCACAUAGGCUGUGGAAGCCGGAUGUUCUUAUGUACAACAGCGCCGAUGAGGGCUUUGACGGGACGUACCCCACGAACGUGGUCGUACGAAACAACGGCAGCUGCUUGUACGUGCCUCCCGGAAUUUUUAAAAGCACUUGUAAGAUUGACAUCACGUGGUUUCCGUUCGACGACCAGCGAUGCGAAAUGAAAUUUGGAAGUUGGACUUAUGACGGAUUACAACUCGAUCUACAAUUACAAGACGAUGCGGGAGGGGAUAUCAGCAGCUUUAUAACAAACGGCGAAUGGGAUUUGCUAGGAGUUCCUGGCAAACGGAACGAAAUCUACUAUAAUUGCUGCCCUGAGCCGUACAUCGAUAUCACAUUCGUCAUCAUUAUUCGACGGCGGACACUCUACUACUUUUUUAACUUGAUCGUACCGUGCGUGCUUAUUGCUUCCAUGGCGGUAUUAGGGUUCACUCUGCCUCCGGACUCCGGAGAGAAACUCUCACUAGGAGUCACGAUUUUACUAUCUCUGACGGUGUUUUUAAACAUGGUUGCCGAAACGAUGCCUGCUACCUCAGAUGCAGUUCCACUGCUGGGCACCUACUUCAACUGCAUCAUGUUCAUGGUGGCAUCGUCGGUUGUCUCAACCAUUCUUAUUCUCAAUUAUCACCAUCGCAACGCUGACACGCACGAAAUGUCAGAAUGGAUAAAGGUCGUUUUCCUGAUUUGGUUACCAUGGCUUCUACGUAUGCACAGACCGCACGGCAGUUGUGAGUACGGGCAACAGCCGAGUCGACCCGCAUCUGUGGCAACAGAUCGCAAACCGCUGCACUUUCAAGACGUGGAGUUGAAAGAGCGUUCUUCCAAAAGUUUGCUUGCGAACGUGUUAGACAUAGACGACGAUUUUAGACACAACCAUCGCGGCGGCGGGACUCCGACGCCCCUCCCGACAGCCACCUUCUUCCGAACAGUCUACAGGCAAAACGAAGACAACGGAAACGGAGGCCGACUCCACGAGUCGCUCGUGUCGAACCACUCUUGUCUAAGUGCAGAUUACGAGCUGGCGCUGAUUCUGAAGGAGAUCCGCUUCAUCACCGACCAGCUGCGUAAGGAAGACGAGGCCGCGGACAUCACCAGAGAUUGGAAAUUCGCGGCCAUGGUGGUCGACAGACUGUGCCUUAUUAUAUUCACUCUGUUCACGAUCAUCGCCACGUUAGCAGUGCUGUUCUCGGCACCUCACAUCAUCGUAUCGUAG